AUGUUUAAUCCGAAUGUUAAAAGAAUAAUGUUUAAGUCUGAAAUGUGCUUUUUCAGACCUUUAAUAAAUAAACAAAUAGUUGAUAGAUUGUCUAGAAGGGUGUGGCCUGAAUACUGUAAUCGACAAUUCAUUACAACGUCAAUAAACAAUUACACCUUUAAUUAUAAAAAUAUAUAUUUAAACAAGCAAUACUAUGGAUACAACAUUCUAUCGAAUUAUUCAACUAAAACAUACAAUAACACACUAAUAAUCAAUGAUAAAAAACAUCCUAUAAACUAUGACUCUAAAUAUAAGUAUUCAACAAAAGCUGUUACGAAUGGUACAGAAGUACUAAAGACUAAGAAGAAAAAUAAUAUUUUGGUUAAAAUAGUAAGGAUUCCUUACGUUAUCGUCAAAUGGAUAGUAUACAUACCAUAUAGAAUUGGAAGAGGAAUAUUUAAAGGGUUCUCAUAUGUGUUUAAAGGACUGAAUAAGUUGGCAAAGUUGGCAGCAAGAGCAGCAGUCCUUAAAAAAGUAACGGGAGUAUCAGGAAUAUUUAAAAGCAUAGUAGGAGGUAUUAAGCACACAAUACACUGGUGUAAAACGGGAUCGAAGCUGUACGCAGCGAACGUAAAGGUGUCCUAUUACAUUUUGAAGAAGCUGAUAAGAGGGCAUCCUAUGAGAUACAAUGAACGGAAGCUGCUGAUGAGAACGAUGAAUGAUGCACUGAAGCUAGUGCCGUUCUCGUUCUUUAUAAUUGUGCCUUUCGCAGAGUUUCUGCUGCCAGUAGUGAUAAGAUUCUUCCCACAAAUGCUGCCGUCAACGUUUCAAACUAACAACAAAAACAACGAUGACUAUUUGCAGAAAAAGUUAAUGGCGAAGAAGGAGCUUGCAACGUUCUUCCAAGAAUUGGUGCAGGAGAGAACUAAUCAAAUACUACAGGAGGAGCUUGAUUCGACACUGAGAACGAAGGCAGAAGCAUUAAAGCAGUUUCAGGAAAGGCUGUUAAAAAAGAGCGACGAUAUGAAUCCGUUUCUGAGUGCAAAUGAAUUGCUUGUAUUUUCAAAGCUGUUUAAGAAGGAGUUUGUACUUGAUAAGAUGAGUACGCAAACUUUGAGGGUAAUGUGUAAACUUCUUGGUAUUACUCCAUUUGCACUAAAAUCACACAUCGUAUUGCAACUGAGGCACCAUUUACUUAAAAUUCAAAGAGAGGAUCGUCUAAUUAUGUGGGAAGGAGUAGAGAGCUUAUCUCUUGAGGAGCUCCAGGAGGCCUGCAGAGAGAGAGCAAUGAAGUUCUACAACGUCACGAAGGAGCAGAUGCAACAGCAGUUGAAUCAGUGGAUGGAUCUAUCGAGCAGAAGAGAGAUUAAUCCAAUACUGCUCCUGUGGAGUAGAUGCAUAACAAUGACACAUGAGCCGAUGAUAAUCAAGGAGAGUGAGCCACAUGAGGAGUUGGAAGAAAUCAGAGUAGACGCACUAAAGGAUGAGCCUUCUGACCAUGUGCAAGAGGAGAAGCAGGAAAAGGCUGAGAAGAAGAAGAUGAAGGUCAUACAAGAAGUCGUCGAAGCAGCAGAGGUGGACGAAGAGCACCUGCAGGAUAAGGAGGAAAGGCUGGAACAGUUAUCUCAGAAGGCGAAGGAGCUCAAGGAAAUAAUAGAUAAGACAGACGAUGAUCAAACUAUGUCGAACUUUGAGUCGAAAGAGGACAUUCCGGCUGAGGAGCUUCUGGAAGAGGAGAUGCACGCAGCAAUGACGGAAAAGGAAGAGGACGCAAAUAAACUCGGGUCACUGUCGAAGGAGGAGCUGAUACAGAGGCAUCAGGAGCUUCUAUCAGCUCUAGACGUGCAGAUGCAGAUCAGCGACCUGCAGUACCACCAACUCACGCAACUGCACUCGUAUUUUGUAAAGAUUUCUGAAAACUCAACGCCCAACGAGCCAAUUAAAAUUGAUCCCAAUGACCUCAAGUCCCUCCUUGAGUCAACAUCCAACGACUUUAAACAAAUAGAGCACCUAUCCUGCGAGUUUCAGAAGGUCUCUCAGAACCUGUCAGCAUAG